UUUUUUUUUUUAAAGACCUGUUUGCUUUCAGUUUUAGCUAUGUCCCUGUUUGCGGCAGUUAGCACUUGGUUGUCCCCAGAAUAACUUUUGUUUGUUGGUGCCUUCACCUCUGUUGAGUCAUGCUCGAUAAGCUUCUUCAGUUCUAAGAUGUUCUACCCAGAAGAUAGCAGUGAAGAUGAGGAGAAGGUUCAAGAAAGCUCGUUGAGUAAAACUGCAGGUGUUUAUCAAGGCAAGGCCCCUCCUAGUAUUCUGUCGCAAACCAUGAACUAUGUGGGCCAGCUGGCCGGGCAGGUGCUCGUCACUGUCAAGGAGCUCUACAAGGGCAUCAACCAGGCCACGCUGUCCGGGUGCAUUGAUGUCGUGGUGGUUCGGCAGCGGGACGGCACCUACCAGUGCUCGCCCUUCCACGUGCGCUUCGGGAAGCUGGGAGUCCUGAGGUCCAAGGAGAAAGUGAUUGAUAUAGAAAUCAAUGGCAGUGCUGUGGAUCUUCACAUGAAACUGGGAGAUAAUGGAGAAGCCUUUUUUGUCGAGGAGACUGAAGAGGAAUAUGAAAAACUACCUGCUUACCUUGCCACCUCACCAAUUCCUACUGAAGACCAGUUCUUCAAAGAUAUUGAUACCCCUUUGGUGAAGCCAAGCAGAGAUGAAAGGCCACCGCAGAGUGCAGACAUUUCUCACACCUUGGAAACAGAGACAGUUUUCACUCCAAGUUCUGUGAAAAAGAAGAAACGAAGGAGAAAGAAGUGCAAACAAGACAAUAGGAAGGAGGAGCAGGCAGUUUCUCCUGUUGCAGAAGAUGUAUUUGUGGGUGUGAGCUCUGAUGAGGAGAAGGGGCCCCAGGCAGCAAGAGGAUCUUCAAAUGCUUCCUUAAAGGAAGAAGACCAUAAGGAGCCUACCAUCUUCCGUUCUGGGGAUCACUACCCCUUAUCUGAUGGAGAUUGGUCCCCAUUAGAAACCACUUAUCCCCAGGCCGUGUGCCCUAAGAGUGAUUCCGAGCUGGAGGUGAAGCCAGCUGAGAGCCUGCUCAGGUCUGAGUCUCACAUGGAGUGGACCUGGGGCGGGUUCCCAGAGUCUACCAAGGUCAGCAAGAGAGAAAGAUACGACUAUCAUCCAAGAACAGCUACAAUUACGCCAUCAGAAAACACUCAUUUUAGGGUAAUUCCCAGUGAAGACAGCCUCAUAAGAGAAGUUGAGAAGGAUGCUACUGUUGAAGAUACCGUUUGUACCAUAGUGAAACCCAAACCCAGAGCCUUGUGUAAGCAACUGAGUGAUGCAGCUUCUGCUGAACUUCCUGAAGCACCUGUGGAGGCUCCUCAGAUUUCAUCUAUAUUAGAUGCAGACCAAGUUCCCUGCUCAUCCUCAAUAGAGGCUCCCGCAGAACCCAAACCAGCUGCUAAAGUUGACUCUCCAACAAAGAAGAGAGGUGUUCACAAAAGAAGUCAGCACCAGGGACCUGAUGACAUUUACCUCGAUGACUUGAAGGCUCUGGAGCCGGAAGUGGCAGCGCUCUAUUUCCCUAAGAGUGACACUGACCCAGGCUCUAGGCCGUGGCCUGAGGCUGACACGUUCUCAGGCUCUCAGUCCCCACAGUCUGUGGGGAGUGCAGCUGCAGACAGUGGCACUGAGUGCCUCUCUGACUCUGCCAUGGACUUGCCGGACGUCACUCUCUCCCUCUGUGGAGGCCUCAGUGAAAAUGGAGAGAUUUCUAAAGAAAAGUUCAUGGAGCACAUCAUCACUUACCAUGAGUUUGCGGAAAACCCUGGCCUGAUCGACAACCCAAACCUCGUAAUACGGAUAUAUAACCGUUACUACAACUGGGCUUUGGCUGCUCCCAUGAUCCUUAGCUUGCAAGUAUUCCAGAAGAGUUUGCCUAAGGCCACAGUUGAGUCCUGGGUUAAAGACAAGAUGCCAAAGAAAUCUGGCCGAUGGUGGUUUUGGCGUAAGAGAGAAAGCAUGACCAAACAGUUGCCAGAGACCAAGGAGGGAAAAUCUGAGGUCCCAUCAACAAAUGACCUGCCUUCCAGUGCUGAGGAGCCAACGAGGGCCAGGCCUGCAGAAGAUGACACUUCUAGUGAUGAGGGGUCACAGGAGCUGGAAGAAACAAUCAAAGUUGACACCAUCUCCAUGGAGGCGGCGAGUCACUGUAGCACAGCUUCAUAUAAGAAGUCUCUCCGGCUCUCCUCGGACCAGAUAGCAAAAUUGAAGCUCCAUGAUGGCCCCAAUGACGUUGUAUUCAGUAUUACAACCCAGUAUCAGGGCACCUGUCGUUGUGCAGGUACCAUUUACCUGUGGAACUGGAAUGACAAAGUCAUCAUUUCUGACAUUGAUGGAACAAUCACCAAGUCUGAUGCUUUGGGACAGAUUCUCCCUCAACUGGGUAAAGACUGGACUCAUCAAGGUAUAGCUAAGCUCUACCAUUCUAUCAAUGAGAACGGUUACAAGUUUCUGUAUUGUUCCGCACGUGCCAUCGGCAUGGCCGACAUGACCCGUGGUUAUCUGCACUGGGUCAAUGACAAGGGCACCAUCUUGCCUCGAGGCCCUCUGAUGCUGUCUCCCAGCAGCUUGUUCUCUGCCUUCCACAGGGAAGUGAUAGAAAAGAAACCAGAGAAGUUCAAAAUUGAGUGUCUGAAUGAUAUUAAGAACUUGUUUGCCCCGUCCAAGCAACCCUUCUAUGCUGCCUUUGGAAACCGUCCCAAUGACGUCUAUGCUUACACACAGGUCGGAGUUCCGGACUGUCGAAUAUUCACCGUGAAUCCAAAGGGUGAACUAAUACAGGAAAGGACCAAAGGAAACAAGUCAUCGUACCACAGGCUGAGUGAGCUUGUGGAGCAUGUGUUCCCACUUCUCAGUAAGGAACAGAACUCGGCCUUCCCAUGCCCAGAGUUCAGCUCCUUCUGCUACUGGCGAGACCCAAUCCCUGAUGUAGACCUGGAUGACCUCUCCUGAGCAGGGCCUGGAUGGUCCCUCAUUUCCCAGCAGGGAAGGUCACCGGACCUCUUACAGAUGAAGAACCAGGCUGUCAGGAACCUGCUUUCCAGAACUGGGACAGGGCCCCGAAGCUGGCACUGCUGCCCUCUUUCUGCUUCCCAGGCCAGCGCUCAGCACCUGGACAGAGGAGUAAGGCCUGUGCUUCAUUACCUGGGGGCUCCCACACGCCUCCUGGACAGUGUGUGCUGUGUACCACUCGGCUCAGAGUUUAAAAAGGAAGAAACCACAAGCUUAGAAGACUGGAGCAGCACAUUCCUACACCAAGUAAAGAGUUAAAAUUUCCACCUCAGUUGAGACCGUUUCUCUCUGUAGCCAGGGCUCUCCCUGGAGGGCCAGGUGGUGUUGCCGGCUCUGUUCGUGUCCUCCUCAGGACCUUUAUUCUCCUCACUGAACCAGGACACCUGCUUCCUGUGCCAAGUUGGGCAGCCCCCGGCACCUGUGUGCCAGCACCGUGAGCCCAACUGCACCAGCAUGGGCUCUGGAGGGAGAGCACCCCACAUCGCCAUCUCCUCACGCGUCCCUGCUGCACCCUGAGAGAAAGUUUGUUACUGUUGUGACCUCGCCAGAAGAGCAGGCUCAUGUGUCAUGUCUGCAGUGGCAGUGAGAAGUUGGUUUAAAGCACAGAAAAGGUGGUGGCAGCUUCGCCUCAGAGGUGUAGAAAGGCAGCUGCACUGGGUCCUGGGAAUAGCCCUGUUCUCUGGCACUGUCACCUGCCUGAAGUGGCCCUUGGUAGGUAUUUCAGAACAGGAUUUUUGAAAUUGUAGGCUUCAGAUUUGCCAAGGAAAAAGCCUUUGGCUAGUGGCAUUGAUCAGCUAUUUGGAUUCCAACCAUGUAAUGAAGUCCAUGGAGGCAUGUGAAAGGAGUUCUGAUGUGCCUGUUGAGAGCCAGCAUCUCAGCAGCAGCUUCAGCCCAUCACUGUGACUCUCGUGCAGAUGAGGGCCCAUGGGGUGUGAGUCCCCCGGCCCGUCCUUGGCGGCAACACGCUCUGGCAUGGGUAAGUGCUCUGGUCAAGUGUUGGAACGAUGGCACCGGGGAGUAAUGUCCUAAAGUCUGCAGAGCCUGUGGCCAUCUGGGUGUGGGCAGUGCUAACGUCAAGAGAAGUGUUGGAGGAAGGCACUCCAGUGACUGUCAGUGGCUCUUGGUCACGGCCCUGCACCGGGAAGAUGGAAGUGGAGCUUCUGAGCAGAGAGGGGCUGCACCUGAAGAUGGUUCUGCUUCAGCUCUGCACGCCCCUGCAGAGGAUGGCCGGCCAUCCUGUGCUUUAGUUCGCUUCACCUAGAGCUGGCUUUGGAAAGGGGUGGUUAUUUUCCAGAUUGGAGAGUUGAGUGGCCCUGCCUCAGCUUAGUAUUGCAGUUGAAUGCAGAGACCUGGUAGUAAUUUUGAAUAAAAGAAGACAAACCCUUUGAAACAUAGUUCUAAGUGGUAAAACCUGGAGACACAUACUCCCAUCGAAGGGCAGCACAGGCCCCCACGGUGCUGAUAUCCCUGUCAGAGUUAUUGGUGUCAGUAGUCGUGGGGAAACAGUUAUGUUUAUGUGAAAUAAGAUUCUGUGGGCUGGAGACAUGGCUCAGCAGUUAAGAGCACUGUCUGCUCUUCCAGAGGUCCUGAGUUCAGUUCCCGGUGGCCACAUGUGGCUCACAACAAUCCAUAGUGUGAUCUGAUACCUUCCUCUGGCAUGCAGGUGUAGAACGAGAGUUGUGUGCACUUAACCUGAGCUUAGUCGGCUCUCUGUGUUACAGAAAAUCUUUAUCAUGUUUCCUCCUCAGACCAUUUCUGUUUGUCCUUUAGGGAGUUUUUGCUGAGGUAGUCUGUUUCCUUUUCCUGACACUUUCCCUUUGGACACAUGGGCCUUUUCAGAAGGUCCCGUAUCGGCUCGGGGUCUCCUGGCCUGUACUGAGGUGGCUGAUCUUCUUUCCCCGUGUCCGUUAGCCCUGCACUUGUCACUGCAGAUUGCUCAGUGGGUAUUUAGGCUAAUGAAUGUAACUCUUCUUCCUUACUUAAAGGAGUCUUCUUGCUGAAAGGACAUGAUUACUAUUACUGUAGUGUUACUAAGUAUUAGGUGUGUGCUGAAAAUCCAUUGCCAUUUGUUACAAAUGACAUUUGUUCUUUCUGUGAAAGAGAGAUGCCCUCAAGUGUGUUUGCACACAAACCCUCAGAUGGCUUGUUGCAGUAUCACCCUUGUCAUCAGUGACAAGUGAUGUUGAAGGGACACUACCGGCUUGGUGCAUCUGUGGACCUCCCCCUGUGUCUUUGUCUUUGCAGUUCAAUCUAAUUUUAGUGUUGGCUUUGCUGUUGAUUGUUGAAGCUUGCACCGCUGUGGAAUUGAUGGCUGCUCUCUGUCAGGCUGUGUAAGAUGUACCUGCCUGGAGUCUGCACACAUAGGCCUGUGCUCAGUACUGCAUUUCCUGUGCUCUAACCCAUCUUCAAAGUCAGCUGGAAAAAGAAAUGUACCAUUGUGAUGACCCAAAACAAAAGCUGCUAACAAUCAUAGACCAGACAAGGACCAGAACUGAGCAGCAGGGAAGCUCCCAUCUCUGCAGCCCCUUGCCCAUGGGGCGGGGCCAGCCUUCUGUAGUGCUCCUCAAAGCCCAGCGUCCAGAAGAGAAGAAACGGUUAAGGAGACAAGAGCACCCUCUUUUUGCAAGUUUAUCAUAGAGCUCUGGGAAGCCUUGUUUCUAUGUUUGACAGCACACUGGGGUUUAUUUAAAACCGGGUGAAGUAAGUGCUCUUCCAGGGAAAAAAAAAAAAAAAACUUUGACAUGAAGGCAGAGGAAAGAUUUCUUUUAAAAAUUAGGUUCAGCUGAUGAAGUAUUGGAUUGUUAGACAGCAAUGUGACUAAGCAGCUUUAAGCUGUCAGGAAUUGUAAACAUCGCUGCAAUACCUUCAGUUAUGGCAAAGAUGUCUCCAGAUGAAUGGCUCAUAUUUUGGUGCAGUGUUUGAUGUUCACAACACAAUGUUACGAUAAUAAACUAACAUAAACUGAG